AUGGCUCCUUUGGCUCCUCUGGUUGCCUCCCCAACGGCCGCUUCGACGAGGGUUGAGAGGCCGAGCAUCCCCACCACGCCUCUGACUCUCCCCAACCUGCUGCUCAUGAGUCCUGGCCCAUCGUCUCCCCAUCCACGCGUCCUCGCUGCUGCUGGUUCGCCCCUUGUUGGCCAUAUGCACCCCGCGCUGCUAGGGGCGGUGGACGACGUGCGCGAGUGGCUCAAGUACGUCUUUCAGACGCGCAACCGCUUCACGCUCGGCGUCAGCGGCUCGGGCCACGCCGCCAUGGAAGCCGCAGUCAACGCCGUUGUAGCUCCCGGCGACGUCGUUCUUGUCGCGGUGAACGGCAUGUGGGGCGAGCGAAUGGCGCUGCUCGCGCGGCGACACGGCGGCGACGUGCGAACGAUCCAGGCGCCAUUGGGGGAGGUGUUUACUCUCGCGGACUUCGCGCGCGCGCUCGAGGCGAACCCGGGAGUCGCGGCGGUGUUUGUAGUACACGGCGAGUCGAGCACGGGCACGCUGCAGCCUCUGCAAGGAUUAGGGGACCUCUGCCAUAAGCACGGUGCGCUCCUGGUGGUGGAUGCGAUUUGCACGGCGGGAGGAGUGCCUGUUCUAAUGGACGAAUGGGAUAUCGAUGUGUGUUACAGCGGGUCUCAAAAGUGUCUGUCGUCGCUCGUAUCACCGUCGCCGUUCUCCAUGAAUGAGCGUGCAAGACAGAAGCUCAAGAGCAAGGCGCACCAGAUCCAAACGUACUACUUUGAUAUGAACGUGGCUGGGGCUUUCUGGGGCGUGGAUGGCAAACCACAUGUGUACCAUCACACAUCUCUCGGCAGCAACAUAAUGGCUAUCAGGGAGGCGCUAGCUUUGGUGGUGGACGAAGGGCUAGAGAGCGUGUGGAACCGCCACCGCUCCCUGGCUGAUAAACUCUGCGCUGGUAUUGAGGAGCUGGGGCUAGAGCUGUUCGUGAAGGACCCUUCCAUCCGCCUGCCCACCGUGACAACCAUCAAGGUGCCGAAGGGUGUGCAGUGGGCGCAGGUGACGGCUUUCCUCAUGGAGAAAUACAACCUCGAGAUUGCCGGAGGUGUGGCGAAUUGGCAUAAUGGGCAACAACGCUCGUCCGGCCAACAUAGCUCUCGUGCUGCGGGCUCUCAAGGACGCUCUGCGCCACGUCGGCUUCCUGCCCCUCCAUUCACCCACCAUUUCCCCUCCUUCCCCCCUCCGUUUCCCCCUCCAUUCACCCGCCAACCCCCCUUCCAUCUCCGCCUUUCCUCCCCUGUCGCCUAUCAGGUGUGGCGCAUUGGCAUAAAGGGGAACAACGCUCGUCCGGCCAACAUUGCUCUCGUGCUGCGAGCUCUUACGGACGCUCUGCACCAUGUCGGCUUCCUGCCCCGCCCCACACCUGCUGCUACAGCUGCCGCUGCUGCUACAUCCAUUGCUGCUGGUGCUGCUUCUGCUGCUGGUGCUGCUUCUGCUGCUGCUACAUCCCCUGCUGCUGCUUCUGCUGCUGCUGCUGCUGCGCCUGCUUCCAAGCCCGUAGCGGCCUCCGCUACAGUUGCUGCAGCACCUAUUGUCGUGCAGUGA